AGGCUGGGCAGCGGCGCCCCCUGGCGCCGGCGCUUGGUUACUGCGCGAAGGGUAGCGCCAGCACCGAGCAGGCGAGAGCGUCCGCUUCGCUUGGCGCUCGUUAGUGGCGUCAUCGGGAGGCGCCGUUGCCCGGGCCGGGGAGUUUGUGUUCCAGCUGCUGACUGUUGCUUUGGGAAGAGGAGGAGGAAGAUGGAGGCGGAGGCGCGGCUGCUGCUGCAGUUGCCAAGGAGGGUGGCGCAGCUUCAGGCUUGUGUCAGGGGCUAUCUUGUCAGGAAGAGGUUUCAAAGCUUAAAGGAGGAGUACGAGAGCAUCGUAAGGGAGAUUGAAGGGACUCCAGACCGACUGCAGUGGAAAAGGUGUUCUAUACCAAGGCCUGUCUUUCUCCCAAAGAAACCAGUGAGAGUGAAGGAGUUACGUGGUCCAGAGACAGGAUCCAACGAGAGUCACGCUCGGAAAAAGGCGGAAAAGUGUUGUCAGACUGAGUCGCCCUCCCAAAAGGAGCACGAUGGUGUGGGGCAGCUUCCAAGCCUGCUUCCAGCGGAGGUGGUGGCAGAGGCUGAAGCUAGUGACCUGAGGCCGAAUCCAGAGGACUUUGUGGAGAAGCUCUCUGGGGACGUUCUCAACCUGUGCGAGGAAGUCAAGGACUGCAGAAGCGUCUCGUCUGAAUGGAGCAGCUCUGUCCUGGAAACGGAGUCUCCCAGAUGGAGCCAGGAGCUCCCUUUCCAGAGAAGACCGGAGAUGCCCCAGGCGUUGCCUGACCUCCAGCGCCACCGAAGGCAUCUGGCCAUGGAGCUGCUCUGGCUGCAGCAAGCAAUCGCCAGCCGCAAAAAUUAUUUGGUCCUGAAGCAGAGAUUGGCGAACCCAGAAUGAGUAAGAGCCAGUCCGGAGUAAGAGCCAUGGUCCUGUUCGCACAGAACUGGAAGUGGGUCUGCUCUCACCCCUGGGAGAAAGAAAAAGCACUGGGGAACAAGAUCCGCCAAGGCUGCAGGCAAGCGCUUCUCGCUCCUUGACGUUAGCUGCUCCGUGUGGCCUCCCCAUGUCUCCCGACGGUGCUCACCUUUUGGUAACUUGCAAAGCGACAAGGAAGACUGACCAUUCUCUUCACACACUUCAAAUCAAAACGUUGCCUGUUGUACAAGGUGCUUUGUGGAGGGCUCAGGUUCACUUGUGCACUCUUGGGAGGCAAAUCCAAGAUCGGGGAGUUGAGACUUCAUUUGGGUUUAGCAGCCUUUGCAGAAUUAGCUGCUAUUUGAACUGUGGCAUGUUUCCGUUGGCCGUCGCUCCCUGGGACAGAAGGCGGUAUAUCUCUGGAAGUCUCAAGUUAGGGGUGAUUCUGAAGAUCCCAACUCCCACAUCUGUGCUGCAAAGUUUUGGAACAUUGUCUGGUGAAACCCGUAAAUUCUCCCCUGGGCUUCCGCUGUGAUUUUUUUACAUCUGGGUGUGUGUGUGUGUUUGUGUGUUUUUUUAUAUUUGCCCCAACAUGCAAUUGUUCUGUAAGCCUUUAUAACAGAUGCCAGUGACUUGUGUUCUGUUUUUGAAUAAAACAUGUUUCUCCUC